AUGGCCGCUCACUUCAGGGCCGAGAAGUCUGGCUUUGCUCGAGAAGUUCAGAAGACGCUUAAGAACAAAUUUGAUCCUCACACUGCGGCGAAAACGAUAACGUGGAUCGGUGCCCUGGAGCCGCUGGUACCGAAUCUCCCAGCCCACGUGUUGGAGGCAGUCGGCCAGCUUCCCAAAAAUGCAGAUACCAUUGACUCACCCGACUACUUCGCCUACCUCAAGUCGGGCUUUGUGCUGGGCUACCUCAUGGCCUGUCUGGACGAGGCGCGUGGAAAACAAUUGACCAAAGACAAGGCCUGGACAGUGGCCGUCAAUCCCGUCUUCGAGGCGACCAAGCAACGUGAGCGAAUCGGCCUCUUCCUUAACUUCGCCCGAGCCUAUGGCGUCAGUUCAGCGUGUCUCUUUCAGACGGACCAACUGUACGAGAGCACCGAUCUUGCUCAAGUCAUCAUCUGCCUGGCCUCUCUGGGCAGUGAAGCGCAGGCCAAGCCCGAUUACCGAGGGCCCGAGAAGUUCUGGAUACAGAAGCAUCGUGAAAACAGGCGCCUCUUCACGGAGGAGCAGAUGAGCGACGGUCGCAAGGCAAUCGGCCUCAUGAAUGCCAAUCUCCUGGACUCCACAAAAGUGAACAUCGGCGCCCGCAGACACAUAACCGGCAUGCAUUGA